AGGGGGGGAGGGAAGAAAAACAAUUCACCAGGGAGAAAAGGGAGAAGAAACGCCACCGGUGGGGAGUUAAACGCUGGACCUUCGCACACAGGGAAUUCAAACCGAAAGGAAAUCCGGUUUACCCUGAAGGAAAACAGACUUUAUCCCACGGGAGGGAAAAGAAGGAAAAAAAAAUCUCUAAUCUACCCAAGGGAGGAGAAUAAGUGAGAAAUCGAGCAAGAGGAAAUUUACACCGUGGCACUGAGGGAGCAUAUCAGCCGGAGGAAAGGAGCGAGCAGGAGGUAUUAGAAACGAGGGGGAGACUGAAGCCACCGCCUUACCUCGGCUCCAUUUGUUACCUUCGCAAUAUUGUUUGUGCUUUAAUUUCCUGGGAGAAGGAGGAACGAACAGAAGAGGAGAAAGAUAUAUAAUUUGGAAAGAAAGGGAGGCCGAAGAGGAUAGUCGGUGUCUGAGGGAACUGCGGGGAGUGGGCCUGCUCUAUGCCCGAUUGAUCGACUGACCGGCACUAGAGCAGCCAGGCCACCCACCCGAGAACCGCGUACAGUCGGCGAGGCGAAAGCCGCCUGGGGCGGGGCCAGGCCAGUGGAGUAGAAAUCAGCGGCGGGCCCAGCGGAGGCCGAACGGGAUUAUUACUUAAUUGACAUUUAAUUUGCCCCGUUCUUUUUCCUUUCUCUCGCUUGCCCUCCAUUUUAUUAUUUGGGCGGACCCAGGGCUCGCAGGCCCAGCGCUUGCUGCUGGUGUCUGGGCGACAGGAGAGUGGCUGGCUGGGUGGAGGUGGAGAGCCCGGCGCUUGCUGCUCUCCUCGCUCUCCCACAUCCACGCAGCCGCCCACGCCUCCCUCGGGGGCUGCUGGAGUGAAGGCCCGGCGCUGACGGUCGGUCGGGGCCUGGCGCUAGGAAAGGGGGAGGGGGCCGGCGUCGCUCGUCCGCCCGAUCGCUCGCUCGCUUGCGUGUGUUGCCGGUGCUUGAAGGGUGGCUGUACCGCGGGAGUCCGGCGGUUGCUUCUGGCCGCUCAUCUCGCUGAUGACCAUGGGCUGCUUGGGGAACAGCAAGACCGAGGACCAGAGGAACGAGGAGAAGGCGCAACGCGAAGCCAACAAGAAGAUCGAGAAGCAACUGCAGAAGGACAAGCAGAUCUACCGGGCCACGCAUCGCUUGCUGCUGCUAGGAGCUGGUGAAUCUGGUAAAAGCACCAUCGUCAAACAGAUGCGAAUUUUACACGUCAAUGGAUUUCAUGCCGAUGAGAAAAAACGGAAAAUUCAAGAUAUUAAAAAUAAUAUUAAAGAAGCUAUAGAGACAAUAGUGGGUGCAAUGAAUACAUUGGUUCCACCAGUCUCUUUAGCCAAUCCUGAGAACCAAUUUCGAUUGGAGUACAUUCUAAACUUAGCAAAUGAGAAAAACUUUGAAUUUACGCCGGAGUUCUAUGAACAUACAACCAUCCUCUGGCAGGAUGAAGGCGUGAAAGCAUGCUAUGAAAGGUCAAAUGAAUAUCAACUUAUUGACUGUGCACACUACUUUCUAGACAGGAUUGACAUAGUCAGACAAAGUGACUACAUACCUCCAGACCAGGACCUUCUACGAUGCAGAGUAUUGACGUCGGGAAUUUUUGAAACCAGAUUUCAAGUUGAAAAAGUAAACUUUCACAUGUUUGAUGUUGGAGGGCAACGUGACGAGCGCAGAAAAUGGAUUCAGUGCUUCAAUGAUGUCACUGCUAUCAUAUUUGUGGUGGCUAGCAGUAGCUAUAACAUGGUUAUAAGAGAGGACAAUCAGACCAAUCGCCUCCAAGAAGCUCUCAAUCUGUUCAAAAGCAUCUGGAACAACAGGUGGCUGCGGACCAUUUCUGUAAUUCUCUUCCUCAAUAAGCAGGAUUUGCUGGCAGAGAAAGUGCUGGCAGGGAAAUCUAAAAUAGAGGACUACUUUCCUGAGUAUGCUCGCUACACUACACCAGAUGAUGCCUCACCGGAACCUGAUGAAGAUCCAAGGGUCACAAGGGCCAAGUACUUCAUAAGAGAUGAGUUCCUGAGAAUCAGCACAGCAAGCGGUGACGGAAGGCAUUACUGCUAUCCUCAUUUCACAUGUGCAGUGGAUACUGAGAAUAUCCGCAGGGUGUUUAAUGACUGUCGGGACAUUAUUCAACGUAUGCACCUUCGUCAGUAUGAGUUAUUGUGAUGGCAAGCACUUGUCUCUGUGUCUUGGACUCUUUAUUUCUCAUUUGACUUGCCCACACAGGGUGGAAGAGAACUGGUGCAGUCUCUCUUUGAAUGCACCCCUCCACUUUUGUCCCUACUGGCCUCUGUCUCCUGGACAGUAUAAGGUGACAUCACCUAAAUGGCCAUGUCUGUGUGGGUUUCCCUACUACUUUAAUGAAACCCCAAAAGCCCUAAACAAGGAGUACUUGAAGGAUUUUAAAACAACAAAUAAAAUCUACACUCAAUUUGGGAAAUGCCUUUUCCAAGGUAAUCAGCGCUGUUGUGGGCUCACAUAAACCCAUAAUAUCAAAC